AUGACCAUCCAGCAAAGAGACCAGAGACCCCUCGAUGUGCUCGUCAUCGGCGCCGGAAUCGCCGGUCUAACAGCGGCCAUUGCGCUGGGGAAGCAAGGGCAUCGUGUUGUGAUCUUAGAAAAGUCCAGGUUCGCACGCGAGACCGGAGCGGCGAUUCACAUGCCUCCGAACUGCACGGCGCUGCUACAAUGGAUGGGGAUCAAUCCUAGGGAGUUUGGAGGCACGCUGCUUCAUCGGAUGCAACGGUACAAUCAUCAGGGAAAUAUGAUGCAUGAGCAAGACUUCACACCCUUGAGGCCUAAGUGGCAAGCCGAAUGGUAUCUCGUCCACCGCGUUGAUCUACACAAUCACCUGAAGCAGCGGGCCUUGGAGACUGCGACCCUGCAUUUAGAAUGCAAGAUCACCAAUGUUGAUAUAACAUCCUCUCGCCCCUCGGUAACGCUAGAGAAUGGGCGCGCAUUCGAGUGCGACCUACUCCUCGGCGCCGAUGGACUGCACUCCGUCCUGCGAGCCAGUAUAGCUCCCAGCUCUGCCGCUCCCAAGCCGGUAGGAAAAUCGGCCUUCCGCUGGCUUCUUCCGACGAACCAGUUGAGAAACGCAGCGAGCACGGCAGAAGCAGUUCGCAACCCGGGAACAUUUAUUGAGUGGGCCGCAUCCGACCGACGGCUAGUAGCAUACCCCUGCUCCGACAAUCAGAUAUUGAAUCUCGCCGGAUUCCUGCCGACGACGGAAGCGGGGGAAUUGGGCGAAGGCUGGCAAGCAACAGGCAAUAAACGAGCAUUGGUGCAGGGAUUCUCGAGCUUCUCGCCGAGUGUCAAAGCACUGGUUGAGAAUGCCGGCGAUGAUCUCAAGGUGUGGGAGCUAUACGAUAUGAAGGUACUUCCUUCGUGGGUCAGGGGACAUUCGGCGCUUCUAGGGGAUGCUGCGCAUCCGUUCCAACCGUAUAUGGGCCAAGGGGGAGCCAUGGCGAUCGAAGAUGCGGUAUCCCUUGCGAUCCUGCUGCCGCUGGGCACGUUGGCGAAAGAAAUUCCCGGUCGGCUUGCCCUAUAUGAGCAAGCACGACGAGAACGAGUGGAAAUGAUUCUGGAGUAUACCCGGAUCAAUGGUCGUGAUGAGGGCGAUGCGUCGGCCGACAGAAUCAGCGCGGACGAAAUGAUUAGGAUCAUAGAAAUGUGUUUCGCGCACAACGAAGUCCAAAGCUCGGGUGCUUUGCUCCAGUCGGCAGAUGGACUCGCCCUUUCCAAACUGUAA